CAUAUUCGAAAGGUUCUAACAAAAACUACCCAUUCCGUUUUAUUUUAUUUUAUUUUUUUUGUUUUUUUUGUUUUUUUUUAGUUUUUUAUUUUUAGAUAUUCAUAAAUUAACCUUUUCAAAUAUAAGAUGAAAAGCUAUUUCAUUUUUUCUCUGCCAUGCCCUUUCGAUCUUGGUCUCGGAGUUGCGGCCAUCGGCAUCUAUCUGGUUGGCGAGCAAGUCUACAACAAACUCCUUUCUCCUUCCUCUUUUUCUUCUUCUUCUUCUUCUUCUCACCACUCCAGUUUCCAGUCGGUUGGAUCGCUCGGUUCUUGAAAAAGGGACGCUAUGCUCAUCAUACGAGUACUGGUGCUCUAAUCUAUCUCCUCGUUGUUCUUGAAUAUCUUGCUACUGAGGUGUUGGAGUUGGCUGGGAAUGCGGCAUGUGACAACAAGAAGAACAGGAUAAAUCCAAGGGACAUGCUUUUGGCAGUGAAGAACGACGAUGAGUUGGGAAAAUCGCUUCAGGGUGUGACCAUUGCCAGCUGAGGAGUUCUUCCACAUAUUCACCAAGUUUUGCUCCCAAGAAGUCCUCCAUCGCAUCUGAAUCCGAUAAAGCCUCCCAAGCAAAGAAAUCGCCCAAAACGGCUUAACUUAGAAUAAAUAAUAAUAUUAGAUUACAAAUUUGAAUAGAAAUCCCUUUUAUUUAUGUAAUUGGGAGCAAAUUCUACGCUAUAGGGUUUUAGGGUUUUCUUCCUUUUUUUCUUUUUUUUCUUUUUUGGGUUUGUUUUGUUCUUUUGAAGCUGUGUGGUGCAUAAAAAUGUAGUUGAUAUAUGAGGAGCUUUGUAUGUUAAAUAUAAAAUCCUUUGUUGUUUUA